CGUGACCACGGGAACACUUAUAAAAGAAAGCAUUUAACUGGGGUCCUGCUUACAGUUUCAGAGGGUGAGUCCAUGGUCAUUAGUCCAUGCAGGGAACGUGGCAACACACAGGCAGGCAUGGUGCUGCAGCAAAAGCUGAGAACUUUAUAUCUUGAUUCACAGGCAGACAAGCAGAGAGAGGAGACACUGGGCCUGGCGUGGACUUUUGGAACCUCAAAGUCCACCUCCAGACCCACAUGUCUUCCAAGGACAUAGCUUCUCUAAAAAGUCCAUACUGCCUAAUCCUUCCAAACAGUGCAUCAAUAAACAUGAUAAUAUAUGGUGGAGGCAGGGGGCUUUUUCUUAUUUAAACUACCACACACCACUUACAGAAAUGUCUCUUCAGAGUUAUAUUUAAUUUUGCUAUUUUGUUCAUUAGUGCGCAUACACCAGGAUUGUGGCAUACGUUGUUAUUUUGAUUCUAUUGUGAUUUUUAAGACAGGGCCUCAUAUGGUUGCUUAGCCAACUGUCAAAUGCUGGGUAAGAUUACAGGUAUUUGUUACCAGUCCUUUUAAGUAGCUAUACAUUCCAAACAUUUCUCAGCUCACAGGUCUCUUAUAUUUUGUUGCAUUUUGUUUUGUACAUUCCGCAACUUAAUCUCCUCUGGUUGGACAGCUAGGGUGUUUCUGAUCCCUUGAUGCUGUGUGUAUUGUGUAUUCUUGUAGGCAAAUCUUUAUUCCUGUGUAUUAUCAAUUUAUUUAGAGUGACAUGUUUCUUUUCUUGUUGAUUUUUAGGAUUUUUUAAGUUAGGCAAAUAAAGUCCAAUUGUUGUAAAAAUGUCAAAUGAUAUGGAAAUUUGCAGAGUAAAAAAAAAAAAAAAAAGAAAGAAAGUUUCCCUCCUGACAGCCCACCUUCCGUCUGAAGUGGUGUGGGCUCCUGGGGGUGGAAGCCAGGCUCUCCAGAUCUCCCAGAGGACCAGACCCCAGCAGCUCCUCCACUGCCCCACCCCCAGCCUCUUAGGCUCCUAGGGUCUGCUCUGCUUGAAGUGCCGGGAUAUUCAGGCCUUGCCUGAAAAUAAUCCACUCCCUAGGAGUAGGAAGGAAAACAGCAGCAGCUCCCGGGCUUCUCAACCACAAGACAGCUUCAGUGUGGAUAGUUCUCCCAAAGCUGAACACACCCAGGCCGGCCACCAGAGGGCAACCUGCUGGCUCCCAGUCCCCAGUUCCCAUCUUUACACCCCAGACUUGUAUUCAUGGAUUCGUGGAUUAGGUCAGUUAGUCUAUGGUCAAAGCAUUUUGCUAUUUAUUAGCCAAAGGAGGAAAGAGUCUCCUUGUUGGACCAGCUCUCCUCCCUUCCUCAUAUAGAUGGGAAACGGAGGCAGGGCCUCCAGGACUCCUUCUGUUGGGCUGACUUAGCUUGUAGCAGAGUCCAGGUCCAGGGGACACAACCCCAGCUGGCUCUUCUCGGAGUUUCUUCUCCCAACAGCUUCGGCCUGGAUCAUGAUGGUACUCCAGGCACUGGCAGCACCUGUGAGGCCAGUGGUCAUGUGAUGGCGUCUGAUGGCGCAAUGCCUGCUGGAGGGGCCCUAGAGUGGUCUACCUGUAGCCAAAGGCAGCUGCGGCACCUGCUCAGGUCUUGAGCCCUGCCUGAUCUGUCACAGCACAGGGCGAAUGCACUGCUUCCGGGACCCGCCUGGGAUGCAGUCAGGACCUUCAAGGCACCAGCUGGAGGCACAGCCUGGCCUCUACUACAGUGCAGAUGAUCAGUGCCGCAUGGCUUUUGGCUCCGGGGCUGUCGCCUGCACCUUCUCCAGGGAGGGUCUGGAUGUAUGCCAGGCUCUGUCCUGCCACACAGACCCGCUGGACCAUAGCAGCUGUAGCCGGCUCCUUGUUCCUCUCCUGGAUGGGACAGAAUGCGGUGUGGAGAAGUGGUGCUCCAAGGCUCGCUGCCGCUCCCUAGCCGAGCUAACCCCCGUGGCAGCAGUACAUGGACGCUGGUCUAGUUGGGGGCCCUAUAGUCCUUGCUCCCGUUCCUGUGGAGGAGGUGUGGUCACCAGGAGACGGUGGUGCAACAAUCCCAGGCCUGCCUUUGGGGGACGUCCAUGUGUGGGUGAGGACCUCCAGGCUAAGAUGUGCAACACACAGGCUUGUGAGAAGACUCAGCUGGAGUUCAUGUCCGAGCAGUGUGCCCAGACUGACAGCCAGCCACUGCACCUUCCCCAAGGCAAUGCCUCCUUCUACCACUGGGACGCCGCUGUGCGGUAUAGUCAAGGGGACACUCUGUGCAGACACAUGUGCUGGGCUGUUGGAGAGAACUUCAUUGUGAGCCGUGGAAACAGUUUCCUAGACGGGACCCGCUGUGUGCCAAGUGGUCCUCGGGAAGAUGGGACCCUGAGUCUGUGUGUGUUGGGCAGCUGCAGGACCUUUGGCUGUGAUGGCAGGAUGGACUCCCAGAAGGUUUGGGAUGCGUGCCAGGUAUGUGGAGGAGACAACAGCACGUGCAGCUCCCAGAAUGGCUCUUUCACGGCCGGGAGAGCCAGAGAAUAUGUCACGUUCCUGACAGUUACUCCCAACAUGACCAGCGUACGCAUCGUGAACCGCAGACCUCUCUUCACACACUUGGCUGUGAGGACCCAGGGACACUACAUCGUGGCAGGGAAGACCAGCAUCUCACCUAGCAUCAUACACCCCUCCCUUCUGGAGGACUGCCGUGUGGAGUACAGAGUGACCCUCACUGAGGACCGGCUGCCCCACUUAGAGGAGAUUCACAUCCGGGGACCUGUCCGGGACGACGUGGAGAUCCAGGUGUACAGACGAUAUAGAGGGGACUAUGGGGAUCUCACACACCCAGACAUCACCUUUACCUACUUUCAACCGAAGCAGCGGGCCACUUGGGUGUGGACUGCUGUGCGUGGAGCAUGCUCAGUGAGCUGUGGGGCAGGACUGCGCUGGGUGACCUACAGCUGCCAAGAUCAAGCUCAAAACAAGGGGGUGAAUAGCUCCCUGUGCCAAGGGAGCCCACAGCCACCUGCAUGGCAAGAGCCCUGUGUCCCUGCCCCCUGCCCUCCAUAUUGGACAACUGGAGACUUCAGCCCAUGUAGCGUGUCCUGUGGCGGGGGUAUUCGGGAGCAGCUAGUGCACUGUGUGGAGACCCAAGAUGGUUUCUUAAGGACACUGCCACCAGCCCGGUGCAAAGCAGUAGCCCAGAAGCCAGCCCCAGAGGUGGAAAGUUGCAACUCCCAGCCCUGUCCCACCAGACCAGAGGUAUCAGACCCUGACCCUGCCAUGCCCACCUGUGAAGAUCUGGCCUCAAGAAAUGUGACAUGUGUGUCCAGAGUGGGUGACUUGCAGGACGCAGCCACUGCAGGUCCCUGUCUCACAGAUGAGACUGCACCUACGCUGGAGCCCUGUUUCAGGACCACAUGUUCUCCAGGUUGGGGCCAGCCAGACACCGUGUCUCUGGGAGAGGAGGCUCCAACCACUGUGGGCAGUGACAAGCCAGGAGCUCAGGCAGUGCAUGUGUGGACUCCUGUGAGGGGGCUGUGUUCCACCUCUUGUGGGCGAGGUCUGAUGGAGCUGCAUUUCCUGUGCAUGGAUUCUGUCCUCAAGAUGCCUGUCCAGGAAGAGCUAUGCGACUUGGCCAGCAAGCCUUUGAGUCGGUGGGAGGUCUGCCAGGCUGGCCCAUGUCCUGCUAGGUGGCGUUAUAAGCUGGCAGCCUGUAGUGUGAGCUGUGGAGGAGGGCUCGCACGGAGAAUCCUGUACUGUGCCCAGGCUCAUGGAGAGGAUAACGAUGAAGAGAUCCUGCCUGAUACCCAGUGCCAGGGGUUGCCUCGUCCCGAGUCCCACGAGACCUGCAGCCCGGAGCCCUGUCCUCCCAGAUGGAAAAUCCUGUCCCUUGGCCCGUGCUCAGCCAGCUGCGGCCUUGGCACUGCCACACGAACGGUGACUUGCAUGCAGCUUGACCGAGGCCAUGACAGUGAGGUGGAUGAAACUUUCUGUAAGGCUCUGGUGCGGCCCCAGGCCAGAGUCCCCUGCCUUAUUACUGACUGUGCCUACCGGUGGCACAUCAGCACCUGGACAGAGUGCUCCGUCUCCUGUGGGGAUGGCAUCCAGCGCCGGCAUGAUACCUGCCUUGGACUCCAGGCCCAAGUGCCUGUGCCAGCCAGUUUCUGCCAGCACCUACCCAAGCCAGUGACAGUGAGGGGCUGCUGGGCUGGACCCUGUGCAGGGCAGGAGAUCCCCAGCUCACUGGCCCACAAGGAAGCUACUCUUCCCAGCCAGACGCAGGCUGCUGUUACUGUUGCUUCUCUGGAGUGGUCCCAGACCCAAGCCCAAGGCCACACCCUCUUUCCAGUCUCCCAGUCUCUGGGGAUCCAGGAAAACCUGGAAGAGUAUGGUGCCUGUGGAAGGCAGUACCUGGAACCCACGGGAACAAUUGACCUGCGAGGUCAAGGGCAGGUAGACUGUGUGGUGGCCAUUGGGCGGCCUCUAGGUGAAGUGGUGACCGUCCAAAUCCUCGAGAGCACCCUCAAGUGUAGUGCAGGGGAGCUGUUGCUGCUUUGGGGCAGGUUCACAUGGAGAAAGAUAUGCUGGAAGAUGUCUGGCAUGACUUUUAGCACCAAAACCAACACAUUGGUGGUGAGGCAGCAUCGUGUGCAGCCAGGACGGGGAGUACUGCUACGGUAUUGGAGCCAACCUGCCCCAGGGACCUUCUACAGAGAAUGUGACAGGCAGCUCUUUGGACCUCGGGGUGAAAUUGUGAGCCCCCAACGGAGCCCAGACGGGAGGAAUGCAAGGAGCUGCCGGCUCUUCAUCAGUGUGGCCCCACAGGCCCGCAUUGCUAUCCGUGCCCUGGCCAGUGACAUAGGCACUGCCUCUGAGAGGAUCAAUGCCAACUAUGUCUCGAUCAGAGAUAUCCACAGCCUGAGGACCACAACAUUUUGGGGGCAGCAGGCACUCUUUUGGGAGUCUGAAGGCAGCGAGGCUGAACUGGAGUUUAGUCCUGGUUUCCUGGAGGCUCAUACCAGCCUCCAGGGUCAGUACUGGACCAUCCCACCAAGGACACGGGAACAGGACAACAGUUUGACUCUGUCCUGACCAACCGCCAGAAAGUUCUCUCCAACCGUCAGAAAGGGAGGCAACUCUCCACUUAAGUGACCAGCCCUGGAGAGUGCAACACUAGCCUCUUGAGAGGUUCUAACGCCUGCCAGCCCUGGGGAAUCUCUUUUAGGGGCUUUUCCAGGUGCAGAAGGGCUGGGGCUGGGAGGUGGAGAUCGGGAAAUGCAGUCCCAGCCCCAGUUGCUAAUAAAGGAUACAGGAAACCUGA